AUGUCCGGCCCUCAGGCGCUACCACACCCCAGAUGGCAGCUCCUCCCCGGCAGAGAGUCAGACUCCGGCGCGCGCUGCGUCGGUCCUGGUGGUUCCAGACACAACCAGUUUAGCUGUUGGCGGAGCGGAGCUGCAACUUUUCCCGCGCAAAAGUAUAAAACCCGCAUCAUAACAGACUGCAGUAGACGACUUUCCUGUCACAAGUUCCAUAGCAACCAGCCUCAUCAUGAAGUUUCUCAUCAUUGCGAUCGUGUUGGCUGUUCUGGCAAACGCAGAGGUCGCUCCGAGGUUCAAGCCCAAGAUGGCUGCCCCGCAACGCCUCUACAUGUCCUGCGCCGGUACCCUUGCAUGCCAGGCUACUUGCCUCUUUGCGGGCUACGCCGGUGGAUCCUGCAGCCAAGGCAUUUGCUAUUGCCACUGAACGACGAGUCAUCAAAGUGACGUAACGGUUGUCAUGGAGACCACCAGUCAACAAAACUGAUUAUCAUCAGUGCUGAUUUGCCAUCUGAAUAAAUGUGUACCCAAUCA